AACAACAACAACAACAACAACAAUAAUAAUAAUAAUAACAAUACUCCUUAUUAUCCACCUACUCCUUCACCUCCACCUUCUACUUCUAAUUAUUACUAUCCUCAACAACCAUCUACUUAUUUACCAACUCCAGUCACUACACCAGUGGAAGAAACGACAACAACCACUAAAGUAGAACGAAAACGAAAAAGAACAAAGAAACAACAACAGAAUAAUACUCUUCCUUCACCACCUUCUUCAUAUCAUUAUCAAGUCAUGGAACUGAACCAUUCUAAAAAGAAACAAAAGAAAACAGAAGAUCCUUCUAUUUCAGCAGCUGCAGCAACUUUGGCUUCAUUUACUCAAUCAUCCGAUGAAGAUAUUGUUAUUCGUCAACACUAUCGAAAAAAUAAGAAAUCAAAUAAACAACAACAACAACAACAACAACAAGAUGAUGGUUGUGGUGAUCAUGAAGAUUGUUCUGGUAAUGGAAAAUAUGUUUGUGAACAAUGUGGUUUGACCUAUCAACAUGGUAUAUGUUUACAACGACAUGCUUGGGAUCAUACUGAAGGUUGGACUCAUCGACGUUGGGGAAUGAGUAAACGACAACAAGUUCAAAUUUUGGAGGCUGCUCAAAUUUUAAUGGAUAUUGCCAAAGGUAUGCGUGUUAGUGUCCUCAAUUGAUUCAAAAGAACAAGAAAAAUUUUUUUUAUGUGCUCCGAUGAAAAAAAAAAGUUUCCAUAGAUUGUAGUAUUUUUUUUUUUUUUUUUUAGUUUAGCUUUAUCUUUUUAUUUUUUUUUU